GUGCUGAAUUACUUGUGGGCGUGUGUGCUGUGAGCGAGUAGUAUGUCGGUGAAUUUCGCUCGAUUUGGCAAUGAGUUAAAGUCCGCGUACGAAGACGUCAUCAGCGAUUCGUCGGACACAAACUGGGCGCUGUUCGGUUAUGACAAACAGACGAACGACCUAAAAGUGAUCGAGACUGGAGAUGGGGGCAUCGAGGAAUUGGGCGAAGAGUUUAGCGGCAGUAAAAUACAAUACGGAUGGUGCAAAGUGACCGAUCCAAACACCAACCUGCCAAAGCUUGUUCUUAUCAACUGGUUUGGGGAGGCGGCACCGACAUCACGGAAAGGCGUCUGUCAACGUCAUGUCAACGAUAUUGCCGGAUUUCUAAGGGGUGCUCACGUGACCAUCAAUGCUCGUCACGAAGGUGACGUGGAGGAGAAGGUUGUAUUGGAGAAAGUGUCGAAAUCAUCUGGAGCUCGUUAUGGCUUCCACAAGGAAAAGGCCAGACCAGUGGAACCAUCCGGUCCAGUGGGUUCGGUUUACAAGAAAGCCGACGUACGAGCUGAUAUUGAUGCAAACAAACGAGACCAGUUUUGGUCUGACCAAGAGAAACUUGAGAAAAAGCGUGUUCAAGAGGAACGUAAGGUAAAGAUUGAGGAAGCAAAGAAGCGAGACAGUGAAAUCAAAGAGAGGGAGGCAAGAGAGAGACAACUUCGUGGAGAGAGGGAAGCUGAACGUGCACGAGCAAUUGAUGCACAGAAAGCUCGUGAAAGGGAAGACUAUCGUAGACGUGAAGAAGAAGACAGAGCACAUUACAAAGCUCGCAUGGAGCAGUUGGAUGCUGAAACUGAGAGGGAGAAGCGGCAAGCACACGAGGAAAGACGAAGGUUUAAGCAGCAGGAACGUGAGACAAUUGGUGCUGCAGUGAGGCACACAAAGGAAACUGUCGCUGAGCGAGAAGCCGCUACUCGUCAGGCGGAGGAAGAAGCCGCAGACGCUCAGCGUGCAGUAGAAGAAGCAAGACGUGCAGUGGAAGAGGCAAGGGCCAUGCGAGAUGCAGAGGCACAAGCAGAGGCAGAAGCCGAGGCCGCUGCUGCAGAGGAAGCCGCUCGACAGGCACAAGAAGCAGCCGAGCAAGCACUAGCUGAACAGAGAGAAGCCGAAGAAGCUGCUCGAAUUGAAGCCGAAGAAGCCGAACGAAUUGAAGCCGAAGAAAUCGCUCAACGUGAAGCCGAAGAAGCCGCCAAUCAAGAGAACGUGGGUUACGCAGAAGUUGAAGAAUCUGCCGCUGAUGAAGACAUGUAUGGAAACGCGGCAGUAGAAGAACACCAAGCUCAAUCCCAGGCUGACGAUGCCAUGUAUGGCAAUCUGGAGACGACUGGCGUAGCUCCGGCUCAAGAGCAAGCCGUUGACGAGCACAAAUCGCUGCAAGCGGUUGCUGUAUAUGACUACCAGGCCGCCGAUGACAGUGAAAUUUCGUUCGACCCUGGUGACCUAAUCACGGACAUAGAUCAGGUGGACGAGGGCUGGUGGACUGGCCGAGCUCCUGACAACUCGUACGGAAUGUUUCCUGCCAACUACGUCGAGCUCUGUUGAGACAAACUAUUGUGACAUGCUUUUGUAGUGAUGACGAUGAGGGUGUAGUGUGUAGUUUGUAGGUCUGACUGUCUGUUGUGUUCUCUGCAGUUUCGCUAUUGAAAGUGCGGCAAUGGAUUGUGUCUGAUGAUUGAGCAAAUUUGGAAUCGAAAUUAACGUGUGUGGACUGCA